ACACUAUUCAUUUUUAUUGCUUAUAUUAAUUAAUUUAAUGAAUAAUAUUAUGUUAAUAAGAAUAUUAAUUACAUUGAUUAUUAUUUCAUUUAUUCUAUUAUGUGCUCUACAUCCAUCUAUAUGGUUUAUUCUUCAUAAAGAAUUAUGUUUAAAGAAUAAUAGUCAAUUAUAUCAAAAUUGGUUAAAACCAUCUCUUCCAAUCAUGAUCCAAUUUUAUUUUUUUAAUAUAACAAAUCCAUAUGAAUUUCAAAAUGGCGCUAAACCUAUAUUAAAACAAUUAGGACCAUAUACAUAUAAUGAAAAACGUUAUAAAUACAAUAUUAAACAUAAUUAUUUCAAUGGAACUAUUGAAUAUCAAGAAUAUAAACAAUAUUAUUUUAAUCCUAAUCUAUCUAUUGGUGAUGAAAAUGAUCUUAUCACUCAUGUCAAUUUAGGUUUUGUUGCUAUAGCAACUAAAUUAAAUUCGUUACCAUGGUCAAUUAAUUAUUUAAUUGAAUUAUUUGAAAAAUAUCAUCAUUAUAAAUUGAUACAAAUUAAAACAAUUAAACAAUUAUUAUGGGGUUAUAAUGAUCCCUUUUUAACAUUAUUAUCUAAUUAUGGAUUAAAUAUAAGCACAACCAAAAUAGGUUUAUUAUUAAAUCAUAAUAAUACAUUAAGUUCUACUAUAUUAAUAAAUGAUGGUUUAAAAAUUUAUAAAAAUCAAGGUAAAAUUUUAAAAUUUCAUCAUCAAAAUUAUUUAAAUUAUUGGACAACUAAAACAGCUAAUAUGAUUAAUGGUACCGAUGGUACUAUAUAUCAUUUGUUUAUGGAUAAAUUAGAGAAACCAUAUAUAUUUGCAUAUGAUUUAUGUCGUUCAAUUCAAUUGAUAAAGCAUUCAGAGAUACAUAUUAGUAAUUUACCAGUAUAUAAAUAUAUUUUAUCUGAGGAUACAUUUAAAUCUGGUCAAUUAUAUGAAAAGAAUAAAGGAUUUUGUUUAAAUUGGUCAAAUUGUUUUAAAGAUGGUGUAUUAGAUAUGUCAUCAUGUCAACCUAAUGCACCGGUUGUUGUAUCACAACCACAUUUUUUAAAUGCUGAUAAAUCUUAUCAAACUGCUAUUGAUAAUAUCCAAUAUAAUAAUGAAGAAUAUAAUACAACCAUCUAUUUAGAACCAAUUACUGGUCUCAUUAUUAAUGCAUCUAUUAAAUUACAAAUUAAUGUAGUCAUUAAAAAUAAUCCCAAAAUUGAACAAUUACGUAAUCUAUCCGAUAUAUUAUUACCACUAGUUUAUUUUAAUGAAACAGUUUAUUUAAAUCAACCAAUUAUAAAUCAAUUAAAUAGAUUCCUUAUUCAAAUUCCAAUCAUUAUUCAAAUUAUAUUAAUGAUAAUCAUCAUAUUCAAUGGUAUAUGGUUAUGCUCAAUUUUGUUUAAAUCAUUUAUGCGAAAUAAUCAUAGAAGAAAUCAUGGUAAUGGUGAGAAUCAAUGGUUAUUAAGUCCUGAGUUGAGGAGCAACUAUGCUACUUAUACGUAUAUAUUUCAUGUAAAUAAUAUAAACAAUUGAAAAGAGAUAUUUGAUUGAUUUCAUCAAACUAAUUGAACUCAUCAGUUGUUCUGUUCUAUUCUAUUGUUUGUUUUGGUGUAGGUUUGUUCUCUGAGCUGAAUGGUUUGGUCGUGAACGACAUCAUGUCGUUUAGAAUGAUGAUGAAAACUUCAUGACCAAACCAUCCAGCUCAGAGAACAAACCUACAUUAAAAUCACCCCACCUUAGCUAAAAAUCUUCUCCACUAUUGUUUGAUUGUUUUUCUAAUGUUUUUCAAUAUUUGUAAUCUUAUAAUUAAUAAAUAAAUCAUUUGUUCUUUGAAUA